ACGGAACAGAUGCCGUAUUAGUGAGUCUUUCUUUUUCUCACGAAAGCUUCUACAAAAGUAAUGAAAAUAAAAUAAAUUGCGAAUACUUAGAUACUUCCCCAACAUCUGAGGCUCAGCUUUUCCUUUCCGGCGGCAAGGGAGCGAGAUUUCGGUCAGGCGCGCGCCGCGGGCAGCUUGUACCCCAGCGGGUCCUCGGCGACGGAGCGAAAACCCGGGAGUCACUAGCGCAAGAUGGCGACGGCAGCCGCAACCUCGGCUUCAGAACCCGAGGCCGAGCCCAAGGUGGGGCCGGAGGUUGAGGGCGAGGAGGAUGAGGUUAAGGCGACGAGGACCAGAAGAAAGGUGUUAUCGCGGGCGGUGGCCGCUGCGACGUACAAGACGAUGGGGCCAGCGUGGGACCAGCAGGAGGAAGGCAUGAGUGAGAGCGACGGAGACGAAGAGUACCCCACGGCUUCCUCCGCGAGCUCCCCUGGCGAGUACGAGUGGGAGUACGACGAAGAGGAGGAGAAGAACCAGCUGGAGAUCGAGCGGCUGGAGGAGCAGCUUUCCAUCAACGUCUAUGACUACAACUGCCACGUGGACCUGAUCCGGCUGCUCCGGCUGGAAGGCGAGCUCACCAAAGUGCGGAUGGCCCGCCAGAAGAUGAGCGAGAUCUUCCCUCUGACCGAAGAGCUGUGGCUGGAGUGGCUGCACGAUGAGAUCAGCAUGGCCCUGGACGGCCUGGACCGGGAGCACGUGUACGACCUCUUCGAGAGAGCCGUGAAGGACUACAUCUGUCCAAACAUUUGGCUGGAGUACGGUCAGUACUCAGUUGGUGGAAUUGGCCAGAAAGGCGGCCUCGAGAAAGUCCGCUCUGUGUUCGAAAGGGCCCUCUCCUCUGUUGGUUUACAUGUAACCAAAGGACUGGCCAUCUGGGAGGCGUACCGGGAGUUCGAAAGUGCCAUUGUGGAAGCCGCCCGGCCCAUGGCUGGCUUCCUUUCCCCUUCUGACCGGGAACAAACCUUUGAUUCACAGCUGGAGAAGGUGCACAGUCUCUUCCGGCGACAGCUGGCUGUCCCACUCUAUGAUAUGGAGGCGACAUUUGCAGAGUACGAAGAGUGGUCGGAAGACCCGAUACCGGAGUCGGUGGUUCAGAACUACAACAGAGCCCUGCAGCAGCUGGAGCGGUACAAACCCUACGAAGAAGCUCUGUUGGAAGCAGAGGCACCCCGGCUGGCCGAAUACCAAGCGUACAUCGACUUCGAGCUGAAAGUCGGCGACCCUGCCCGCGUUCAGCUGAUCUUCGAGCGCGCCCUGGUUGAGAACUGCCUGGUCCCGGACUUGUGGAUCCGCUACAGUCAGUACCUAGAUCGGCAGCUGAAAGUAAAGGAUUUGGUUUUGUCUGUGCACGGUCGCGCCGUCAGAAACUGCCCCUGGACUGUCGCCCUGUGGAGCCGCUACCUCUUGGCCAUGGAACGGCACGGAGUCGACCAUCAAGUGAUGGCUGCGACCUUCGAAAAAGCUUUGAGUGCUGGCUUCAUUCAGGCCACCGAUUACGUGGAGAUUUGGCAGGCAUACCUGGAUUACCUGAGGAGGAGGGUCGAUUUCAGGCAAGACUCCAGUAAAGAGCUGGAGGAGCUGCGGUCCGCGUUCGCCCGGGCUCUGGAGUACCUGCAGCAGGAGGUGGAAGAACGUUUCAAUGAAAGUGGGGAUCCAAGCUGCAUGAUCAUGCAGAACUGGGCCAGGAUUGAGGCCCGACUGUGUAAUAACAUGCAGAAAGCGCGGGAGCUCUGGGACAGCAUCAUGACCCGAGGAAACGCCAAGUACGCCAACAUGUGGCUGGAGUAUUACAACCUGGAAAGGGCGCACGGCGACACCCAGCACUGCAGGAAAGCUCUGCACCGGGCUGUCCAGUGCACCAGUGACUACCCGGAGCAUGUCUGUGAAGUGUUGCUGACCAUGGAGAGGACAGAAGGUACUUUAGAAGAUUGGGAUAUCGCCGUUCAGAAAACAGAAACUCGGUUAGCACGGGUUAAUGAGCAGAGAAUGAAGGCUGCAGAGAAGGAAGCGGCUCUUGCCCAGCAAGAAGAGGAGCGGGCUCAACAGCGGAAGCGGGCGCGCGCCGAGAAGCAAGCGUCGAAAAAGAAGAAAAAGGCCAGAGGCGCGGACAAGCGCAGAGCGGAUGAGGAUGAUGAGAAGGAGUGGGGCGACGACGAAGAAGAGCAGCCUUCUAAACGCAGAAGGGUGGAGAACAACGUUGCCCCGGCCCGAGAGGCCCAGGACCUCGAAGCGGAGACAGGACUCUUCGGGAAGAGCGCGCCCGUAGAUGCGGCCCCCCCUUCGAAGCAGAAGGAGAGGGCAGCUGCCCUGAAGAGGGACGCGCCCAAGGUGCCCCACGACAGCAGCAAGGACAGCAUCACCGUCUUCGUCAGCAACCUGCCCUACAGCAUGGAGGAGCCGGGUGUGCAGCUCCGGCCACUCUUCGAGGCGUGUGGGGAAGUGGCCGAGGUCCGGCCCAUCUUCAGCAACCGGGGCGACUUCCGAGGCUACUGCUACGUGGAGUUUAAAGAGGAGAAGGCGGCCCUGCAGGCCCUGGAGCUGGACCGGAAGAAUGUGGACGGGAGGCCAAUGUUCGUGUCCCCGUGUGUGGACAAGAGCAAAAACCCCGAUUUUAAGGUGUUCAGGUACAGCACUGCCCUGGAGAAGCACAAGCUGUUUAUCUCGGGUCUGCCCUUCUCCUGCACCAAAGAGGAGCUCGAAGAGAUCUGUAAGGCUCACGGCACUGUGAAGGACAUCAGGCUGGUUACCAACCGAGCCGGCAAACCAAAGGGCCUCGCCUACGUGGAGUACGAAAAUGAAUCGCAGGCCUCGCAAGCUGUCAUGAAGAUGGACGGCAUGACCAUCAAAGAGAACGUCAUCAAAGUGGCCAUCAGCAACCCGCCGCAGAGGAGAGGUCCAGAGAAGCCGGAAGCAAGGAAAGGCCCGGGUGGCCCCAUGGUGCCUCGGCAGAUGUAUGGAGCGCGGGGGAAGGGGCGGACCCAGCUUUCUCUGCUGCCUCGCGCCCUGCAACGCCCCAGUCCCGCAGUGGCUCAGGCCGAGAAUGGCCCUGCCCCGAAGCCGGUCACCACUUCAGCGGCCACCGAAGCUCCCAAGAUGUCCAACGCUGACUUCGCCAAGUUGCUUCUGAGAAAGUGAACGGGAUUCUGAGAGAAGCGGAAUGCCUUACUUCACGCUGGCCAGAAGGACCACCGUCGCCCAGCUGUACCCUGGGUAUGGAAGGGCCCGGGCAGCGCCCACGCCCACGUAGUGUCUGCUGGUCUAGACAGACAGGGAAAGGGUGUCCCAGGAAAGAGGCCCUCAGUGUUCCCUCAUAUUGAGGGUGACAGAGGAAAGCAGUCACUCCGCAGGUAGGGCCCAGAGUGUAGUUUCUAAGAUAUUUUUUUGUCUUGAAGAGUGAUAAACGGAAGUGAAACUUGGACACGCUGUUUUGAGACACACUUGUCCAGAUGUUUGCGGCCAACUCUGGCCCCUUUUAUAAGACACUUCUCUCCCACUCUGCAUAGUACACGUGCCCGCCGCUCUUUAAUUUUCGAAAGACAAGAUGGCAGAUGCUAGUAAUUCACCGGAAUGGCCUAUUUUAGUAAUGGGGUGGGGACAAGGGAAGUCACAUAAAAAAUGUUUGACAGAUUUUUGUCCAAGGGGGCUGUGCGUUUUUAUAUUAUGUAUUUGUAAAUGACACGUCAACCCAUCGUCCUCACGUUUCCUGAAAGCAGAGUAUCUGUGACAUUUGUGUCACAUAGGAGUUCUGGGUGCCGUCUGCUGUGGACCAUUUUCUUUGCCUAGUGACUAGUGGACUGUGUUCUUCGUCUCAAUACUGAGUUUUAGCCCUUUGGUUUUGUUCAAAUACCAUGUCAAGUGCAAAUUUAAGUUUUCCCCAUUUAGGUUUGUUUAUUAAACCGAUGUUCUCUUACAA